AUGGCAUUCAGGUUGUCGAACGACAGGGAUCGUACCGGCCGCCCGUCACCGCUCGCGUGCAACGAGUGCAGGAAGAAACACCUCAAAUGCGAUGCCACGCUUCCCGUCUGCUCGCGAUGUAUCACACGAGGCCUUCACUGCACGUACACACCCUCCCGCCGGGGCAUCGGAGGCCGUAAGAGACUGCAGUCGCCACGCAAUCUCCCUCAGCCCGCGCCGACAACCCACGCCGGCGAGUAUGCGCCGCAGCCUGCAGCGCCUUAUGCUCCUCAUCAUCACAACCACCACCAGCCCCAAGUCUCGGCGGCGACCGGCGCGCCAGCUGCUAUGCGACCGCCGCCUUCUCCCAACAACCGCGCUUGGACGGAUCCCAGCGAUACUGGAAGACCCGAGGCCGCAAGAAGUCCAUCCCAGCCGGCGUCAACAACUUCAACGUCCACCUCAAAGUCGUCCUUGCGAUCGGAAGAUGAGCACUUGACCAACCUGUAUUACUCCAGCUUCCAUCCGAGCCAUCCCAUUCUCAUUCCGCGGUACCGCUACGCAGGUCAGAACUAUCCGCCCUACCUGAGGUCUGUGGUGCAGUUCAUUGGUAGUCAGUAUGCGCCUGGAAUCUCCAGUGACUGUUUAAGACCUGCGACAUCCGCCGCCAUCGCGCAAGCUACCGAUAAGUCCCCCGAGAUGGUACAGGCGCUUUUGUUGUACGCCAUGGCUCUUCAUGCGCGUUACGAGCCAGUGGAUGCCAUGCCAGCCGUCACAAGGGCUGUAGACAUCGCCAUUCAGCUAGGCAUGCACACUGCAGAGUUCGCCAUAGCUCAUGGGAAUGGCGAUGCUGUGUACGAGGAAAGCCUUCGCAGAACGUGGUGGGAACUCUUCAUUACCGAUGGCUAUCUGGCGGCCUUGCAUAGGCACACGAACUUCAAAGCGAACAGCGUAGUGACGAGCACGCAUCUGCCUUGCGAGUCGAAUGCCUACGAAGAUGGAUCAAUUCCGUCCAACCCACUCAGCAUUCAGCAGUACGAUGGUAGGCUGUUCGGAGACGAUGACCUCCAUUUCUCCUCGUUUUGCUACCGCAUAGAUGCCGUGAGGAUCCUCGCCAGAGUCAUUGCUGUCUCGAGUACCAACGAAGCACACGCGGAUGCGAUCCAGGCUAUCGACAACGCCCUCGCGAGCUGGAAAUUUCACCUACCUACCGACAAAGCGGGGAUCCUCACUCACGCUGGAGAGACAGAUGAAAUGAUGUUCCAAGCAAACAUGUUCAUCCACAUCUCCAGCAUCUUUCUGCACUUCCCUCGAUCCGAGCUCCCCAUCACAAUGCCCCCAGCCGCCGAGAUCGACUGCGCACAGCAACACAUGGAACAGGUCUCGCCCACAUCCACGCAACACGCCGUCAAAGCAAUGGCAGCUUCGAAAGAUCUGGCCAACUUGGCCGCUUUGCCGGUGGAAAGGCACUCUCCCUUCUUCAUCUGCACGCUCGUCUUCGCUUGCGUCGUGCAGAUAUCCGCAUGCACAGCUUACCCACGAGACGCCACGCAACAGAACCGAGACCGCGUAGCUCUCAUCAUCGGCGUGCUGAAGUCCCUGAGCCGAAACUGGGCAAUCGCACAGUUCGUCUCAUCGCAGUUGAAACGCGCCGCGAACGAGGUCUUCAACCCCCGGGACGACGCGUCUGCCGCUUCCAGCGGAGGCUCCACCUACGACAGCGGCAUCGACCUGGGGAACUUUCCCAGCGACAUGUCCUGGCUGGAGCUCUUCUACAACGAAGGCAUGCAAGGCCAAGUCUUGACCGGGCCGGCCGACAUGUCCGGCAUGCACCAUCACGACGCACGAAUGGCCUGA